UAAAUAAACAUAACGGGGCCGCCGCGUAAUAAUUAUUUGGAGAAACGGGAGCUGAAAGUUUUGGUUUCAGGGAAUUCAAUAUGCCUCAAUAUAUACAGUAUUUUCAAAUAAUUAUUACCAUUUGUACCGAUAUAUUACAUACGUACACAGUAAAAAUUCGUGGUAACCCUUUUUUGUGUAAAAAUGACUCCAACACUGUGCAUUGUAAAUGGUAUUCCACAAAGAGUAAAGUUCUCAAUGCAGUGUGGUGUUAACCCACGAGUGACAGGGUGCCGAGUAAAUCUUGGUUUACUUACUCGUCCCCGUGUUAAUAUUACCCAUGCACUAGUUAUGCCACUGUGACUUACUCUCCACGGAGUAAAAGGCAGCAACGGGCGGGCAACGGGAGAAGCUUUGUCAGUUCAUCACUCUCCACUAUACUCUCCAGAAUAAUUUUGUACUUUUUCUGACUGUUAGAAAUUUAAUAAUUCUGCAUUGUUUAGAUAAAUAAUUAAGAACAGUUAGUUAGCCGUGGUCCCAUAUUCUUUAAUAAACAACUUUCCAAUGAUGUCUAGUUUUAUUGAAAUAAAACGACUGUUGGAGCAGUGUAAUUUGAGCGAUUACUUCCAGAAGUUCCAAGAUAACCACAUCUCUGAUGACACUUUGUCGACGUUGGAAAAGACCGACCUGGUUGAAAUUGUACCGAGCAUUGGACAUCGCUCUAAACUUUGGACAGCAAUUAAGAAAAUAAAUGAGGGUCAAAUUUAUGUAUGUUUUAAAUGUCCAAAUUCCUUUAAAACUUUAAAUUGUUUAUCGUCGCAUUUAAAAUCAAAACAUCAGGUUAAAGGGGAGAGCGAGGAUUACCGCUGCCCACAUUGUAGUGGUCAUUUUCAAAGAAGGGCAUAUUUUAACCAUUUUAGAAAUGUUUUCAAAUUUCACCCUAAUUUACUCCAACUUAAUAAUUUAGCAAUAGAUUCGGAAGUAGAAUACCAGGGAGCAUAUGAGAGGGUUGAAAGGGACUCAAAUUGUUUACAAAAAAAAUCAAUCCUAUCAAUGCCAACGAAGAUUAUGGAAUUGGAGUUAUCAAUAUCUAAACUUUAUGCUUGUAUCUUAGAAUCAGGAAAGAUUUCGAUGGUAGCCAGUAAGAAGAUAAUCUCAGCAGUAAAGGAAAGUAUUAGUAAGGUUAUAGAAACAUGCCAACCCCAGUAACAAAGCACAUAUAAAUGAUAUCGCAAACUUGACAUCUGGGGACAUAAGACGAUAUCGAAAAUCAAAUAUAGAUGCGAUAUUAUUCUAAUGUAAUCUAGAUUACAUGCCACGCCAUUUUGUAAUAAUUAUGCCCACUGAAAUACGUAAAUAUGAUGUUACAAAUUAUAUGUCGCCUGGAUAUCGGAUUAAUGAACGAAAAUGUCAUUCACAAGACUUUGUAAUAUUUCCAACAUAGUUAAUACAUUGCAGGAACACAUUAUAUCUACAUCACCAAACAACAUAGAAGGUAUAUCAAUUCUAUAUUCCCCCCACACGCGCAUCCACACCGCGCAUUCCCCUUCAGUUUUCACCACCAGUUGUAUUUCGGUCGUGCUCCAGCACAUUCGCUAAAUUCCGUUCCAGGUUUUGCAGAAUUUAUUAGCAGGCACUUGUGACGACUCGGUGUCAAAAUUUGAGUGAACAAUUAUCUUCAACAACGGAAGUAAACGUGUCUAAGGACACUUUAACAAACUCAGAACCAAACAUUUUUCUUGAACAUAAUUCCCUACAUAUAUUAAAUGAACAAAAUAAUACUUCCAGUAGUUUGACAAACGAUGCUGGUACUGCGGACUCUGUACUAAAUGAAGUUAAAAAGUGGGCUUUAACAUCCGGUGUGAAUCAGAGUCAAUUAAGUUCUCUUUUAAAGAUUUUGAAUCAGCAUAACUGUUUUAGUACUUGGCCAUCGGACAGUAGAACUCUGCUUAAGGGAAAAUGCUUAAGAAACUAUGAUAUUAUUGACGUAUUACCAGGCAAAUAUGUACAUUUCGGAUUGACUAAUUAUUUAGAUAGCAUUGUGAAAAUAAAAUAUACAGGACAGUUAAAAUUACAAAUAAGUAUUGACGGGCUGCCUCUAUUUAAUAGUAACUCUGUGAAUCUGUGGCCUGUCUUAGGGCAUUUUUCAAAUUUUAGCAAUAGUAAACCGUUCGUCAUAGGAAUCUAUUGUGGAUUAAAGAAGCCAACCAAAGUGGAAGAUUUUCUAAACUUAUUCAUUGCAGAGUACAAGAUAGCGCGAUCUAAAAAGGACACUUUAAUAAUCAAUUGUUUCGUGUGUGACACGCCAGCACGAGCAUUUAUAAAAUGUGUGAAAGGACACAAUGCGUACUUUGGUUGUGAUAAGUGCUGUGUAGAGGGAAACUAUUCUAAUCAUCGCAUGAACUAUUCAGACGUGGGAAGUAAUCUCAGGACCGACGAUAGCUUUAGGAAUAAAAUUGAUGAAGAUCAUCAUGUAGGGACUACUCCACUUUUACAAAUAAGGGACCUUGACAUGGUAAAAUGCUUUCCACUCGACUACAUGCACUUGGUUUGCUUAGGUGUGGUAAAAAAACUUUUAAUUUUAUGGACGCGUGGGAAACCGAAAACGCAGAAGUUAUCAAGUUUUCAAAUUAACGAAAUAUCAACAAAAUUGGAAGGUUUCAGUAAAAUAACUGCUAGUGAAUUUUCCAGAAAACCAAGAACAUUGAGCGAAUUAGAUAGAUGGAAGGCCACAGAAUUUCGUCAGUUUCUUUUGUAUAGUGGUCCUGUCAUUUUGGAAAAUACUUUAGUGAAAGAAAAUUAUUUAAUGUUCAUAAGUUUAUCUAUAUCUAUUCGAAUUUUAUGCUCUGAAAAACACUAUUUAAAAUAUAAUGAUUACGCUCACAAGUUGCUCUUGUAUUUUGUUCAAACUUUUAAACGACUUUACGGCGAGGAUUAUAUUUCUUACAAUAUUCACGGACUCGUUCAUUUAGCUGCCGAUGCUAAAAAUCUUGGUGCUUUGGACACUUUUAGUGCCUUUAAGUUUGAGCACAAAUUGGGAAAAAUAAAGAAAUUAGUAAAAUCUCCUAACCGUCCCCUACAGCAAAUUGUCAACAGGCUAAAAGAACAGGAAUUUAUUAUUAAAUUUUCAAGUGACAGUUAUAAGCUAUCAAAGUUGCAUAAUAAUGGCCCCUUAAUAAGUAAAGUGAACGAUACAAAACAGUACCGGUGUUAUCAAACUGCUAAACUUAUAAUUAAUUGCGAUUUUUUAAGGGAUUCCUUUCUAUUAACCAAGUCAGGGGAGUUAAUUCAAGUAUUUAAUAUUUUACAACAUACUUGUUCAAAUAAAAUUCAGUGCGUCGCAAAAAGUGUGAAAAAUGUCAGCCCCUAUUUUACCGAACCAAUUGACUCAUCGCUCUUCGACAUUUAUCGUGCUGACCUAAAUAAUUGUGGCGAAUUAAAAUUAGUGGACAUCUCCGAUAUUAUGAAUAAGUGCCAAAUUUACAAUAUUGCAGGUUCUCAAAGUGCAAUAUUUGGACUAAUUCACGCUGAACUUAGCAAGUAAAUAUGUACUACAUUGUUGAAUUUACUGCCUCCUCAAAAUUAUUCGUCGAAGCUGUCCCACAGCAUUGGUUCGACAACGGACAGGUGGCUUAUCCAAAAACAAAAAAUGCACGGCAGUGUAUCAGUUCUAAUAAAGUUGUGGAGCCGGCGUGGCCUCGAUACCCUGCUAGGAUUUUACAUGCCUACCCCACAUUGAAGGAAGCAAUGGCAAAAUUGAAUGCAGCUGUAGAAAAUUCAGAUUUAUCCUCAGCCGAGGGAGAUGAUACCAAAACUCGGACACGAAAAAAUCCAACUAUUCGGAACGACUUGGAUUCAUCGGAUGAAGAGAGGACGAAGGAGAGGACACCGCCAUCAGUUCUGAGUGGAUUCCCACGAUUGGAGCAAGUUCGACAAGACAAGUCAAUUGAAAUUGAAUCCAUCAAUGACGAAGCAGUCGCAUUUGGACAAGGUGUAGAUGCACGUGGAGAAGAAGUAUACGCUGUUCGUAAUGACCAAACUACGCAAGAUGAUAUGAUAAGUCAGGCUAGUUCCAGUCAAGGCGUUGGAAAUAUUAUACUUGAAAUUCCUGCUGGGUGGGUGAAUACUGGCGCUAAUUUGGCGGAUGGGAAUGAUGAGGAUUUGAGUGCAACUGAUCAGCAGGUUCCAGUGCUAGUGACAAUUGAAAAAGAAUUCUUGGUAAGACUCCAGCAAGACAUAUCCAUGAUUAAAUACUCACUGUCGAAUCUGGAGAGGAAAUUUGAUAAUUUGUCAGCACACAAUGGCAUUGAGAAAUCUGCUCGAGCAAGUCUUGUCAUUCCCCGUCCGUUCGAAAGUUGGGAACAAUUUAAGGAAUUUGACGAAACUUUAAAUGAUGAUCUUUCAGUCAAAGUGAAAUUGCAGUUUGCGCGCUAUGCUGAAAGUAAGCUAACAGAAAACGUGUACAAAAUAUUACGAAAUUUGUUUACCGAUCUGGCUGCCACGAAGAUAAGCUUUAAAGGACAGAAGGGCAAUUUCGACUUUUCCAAUACCAAUAUGAAACAACUUGUGUUUGAUUCCGUCUUUGCAAACGACAAGUAUCUGAAAACUGAGAGGGAUAUUGAGAAGACCAUCAUUGCUUGGUUUCAACACGCCGGAGGACGCCUAAAGAAGCACGUGACUGCCAAAAAUCCUCGAAAACUUUAAAAUAUGUUAUUAUUUUGAAAACAUAAUUAUUACUUUGCGAAUAAAAAAUACGCCUAAUGAAA